GAGGAAAAAACACUUUCUGAUAGCUAUCGCGUCCUCGAACAUCCGUCUGUUUGAGACUAGUCGGAGUUUCAUAUGUAAGCAGACAAAACGAUGUCCACGUUUUUAUGUGUGUUGUUGCUGGGCAUUAUUCUUGUGGACAGUGUCCAAGGAUUGACUGAGGACCAGCUUCAGCAGAUUUUGGAGAAUGGCAAAGCUGUCCAGGGCGAUGUUAAAGGCGAUGUUGAUGGUUUGUUCGACGACCUUGAUGUAGAAGACAUUUUGGAACAACUUGGAUUCCAGGAAAAGACAGAUGUCGACAAUGAUGAUGAUGAUGAUGAAGAAGACAUCAAACAUGUUGGAUGGAAUUGGGCCACUAGGCGUCUGAAGUCCAAAAAGGGUCCUAAUGACAAAAAACUGGGAUGGUGGUUUGGCCCUAAACCUCCUCCUCCUCCUCCUCCAGACAUUGUAAUUAAUGGUUGGUGGAUACCUAAAGCGAACAAAGUGAAGGAUCCGGACCCUUGGUGUCAGUCACAUAGUUCCGGGGCUGAUUGCUGUGUGCAGAGGACGUUGCACGUACACGGGAAGAAAUAUCACUUGAACGCUUGUGUGAACGUUGACUUCCACCCUCAUGCGAAUGAGUACUCGGUCUACUUCAGUGUGAAUGGGUACUCUCUCUUCCACAAGGACACAGACCUUAAGAUGGAUGAAAUGGAGGAAUGUUUCUCGGCAUCCCAGCUGGCUCCUGGUAGCAAGAUUUGCAUCAAACUGUACAAAAUCUGCACGAAACACAAGCGUAUGUGCGCCGCGCUGGAGGGCAAGGCCGUCAUUAAGGGCGUAGAGAAAAACGUUCAGCUGGACUACGGAUGUUUCAUAAUUGGUUCCGGAGACGAGAACGAGGAUGAGCAGGUGCCCGAUGACAUGGACACAGAGGAGCAGGCAACACAAGCUGAGAUGUUCCGAGUUCUCUCUGAUCAGCUAGAUCUGAGAGAUGGGGCUGAUGAAACGAGCUCUACCGAAGAUGACAAACUGCGUUUUGAAAAUUGAUUUCGCAGUGUUUAACAUGAAGUUAAAGUCAUAAUAUGGAAAGCCAGUCGGGAGAUUCCAAUUUCUUAUUGCUACUUGCCAAUUGUUUAUGACUAAUUGUUAGCUUUACUUGCCUAUUGAAAAAACGUCUGCCUUUAGUAUUAAAAUACUUCUUUAUAAAAUGUUUAACGACAUUUAAUAGUCAUGUUGACUUUGGUAAACUAUAUGCGCUCAAACAAAGCAUGUAUGUAAAAACUACUGAAAAAAGUCACCUGCUAUUUGCUCAUUGCAAAUUGCACGAUGCUAUUUGCCGAUAACAUUUUGCUAAUUGCUCAUUGUCAAUUGCUUUGCGCUAAUAGCUCUUAACCAACAGGUAAUAGUCCAAAAUGUAAUUUUUUGUUCUUUGAUAAGAAAUAAGCAUAACUAGAAGUUUUGACAACCUUGAAAAAUCCAUGUUCACCCAAGAAAUAAACGAUUACUCGCCACGACAUAAGUUGAACAUCAUUUUCAAGUCAACGAUUGUUUAAUGAACAAAGUAGAAAUUAGCAAUUGGCAAAUAGCAACAGAAGACGACACCUUUGCGUAACAUUAAAUAUUGAUUACUUAUUAAUGUUGUUAUAACUUUUUUCACAAUCGUUGUAAUAUAAAUAAGUUUAAACUAAACUAAAUAGAAACAGUAUCUUGGUCAGAUGCAAAUAGCAAAGAUCAAUUGGCAAAUAGCAAUCAGCAACUGGCAUAUCCGAGACGGAUUUCCAUAUUUAUAACAACACAUGCUUCUAUUUAUGUAAUAAUUAUCAUAAAAAAAACUUUUGAAGCGGUGAUAUAUAUCAUCAAUGUAACUGUAUUAUUAUGCAAUACGUAUUUAAUUGAUUGGGAAAAUUGACAUUCAGCAUCAUGACGACAAACUUCAGUCAAUGCGAAUGUGGCGUCGAACAGUCUGACCUGUACGGUAUAUUUCCAUUUGGACCAACGAAACUUCUGUUUUGUUCGGUCACAAUAUCCGUUGAAAAAUUACAGUAGGCACCGAUUAAUAUUCGAAAAAAAAUAGUUUCAGUUUCUAUUUCACAGUAUUCAAUAAAUGUUUAGUGAUAUUAAUAGCAAAUACGUUAUGAUUUUCACUAUUGUAAACCCCGUUUUGCACAUGAUAUCGUUAAUAAACUUAAAAUACAUAUAUUGUACCUUCAUCCCCAUUGAUGGCGGAAUUUUAUGGAAAUGUUGGUAAAUUACGAAAUGGACAUAAUGAAUACCUGGCAAUUUUAAGCAUUUGGUUUCAAUUCCAAAUAUGUUUGUUAAAUCGAUAAUAAUAAAUAUGGUUUUUGUUUUUCCUAUUAUUUUGCAACAACAUAACUUGUCAAAUAAAGCAUCGUAUAUUCCUUCA